AUGGUUGGAUGUCAAAGUUCAGAUGGCCAGGGAGAUCAUGGCAAACACGCUACCACAUCCUUGUCCCUAGACGAGACUGGUGAAUCGACACGUUCCCUUCUCCCCAUCCUAUCUCAUAGCAGAAUCAAGGAUUCACCGGACGAUGUCUCACGGUCCUCUAAUGUUAGACCACAGACCCAACUUCAUGGUCACGAUCGAGGUCUUCAUCGACCUCUCGCUCAAAGGUCUCAGACGGAGUGUUGCGGCAAAUCGUCCAGGUACUCCCUGCCAAAGACCAGUGACUCCCAUUCAACAUCUACCUCGCAGACGACAUCCAACAAAGUCUCGCAGUUGACCCCGUGGGAGAAAUGGCUGAUCGAGAAGACUAAACAAGAGAGAAAGAGAGUGAAAGAAAAGGCCAAGCUGCAGAGGGAGAAACAGCUGAAGAUUGCAGAAGAGAAGAAGAUGAAGGUGGAGAAAGCUAAGGUCAUUGAGGUCAAGGUCAACAUGUGGAUUGAGGAAAGAACAACUAAGGAGCAGGAAUCGAGAAAAGCCAACUGGAGGCUAGAGAAGACAAAGAAACAACUUGAAGCAGAAGAGAAGAGGGGAGUCCAGGAGAAAGCAAAGGGCAGUGACGUACCCUAG